AUGUCUUCAAAACGAAAAUAUUGUCCUAGUGAUUGUAAUUUACGUGCUUAUUAUAUUAAUCAAGCUGGUGGUGGGUUAAGUGAUAUAAAAAUCUAUCGUGGUUACCCUUAUCAAGCUGGUGGACUUGGUUUUGGUACAAUAUUAGAUAACGCUACAUCAUAUGAUAUUAACAUCCCUCCAACAGAAGACUUUACCGAUUUAUCUGAAACAAUUAUUCAUGUCAAAUUGGAUAUACAAAGUUCAGAAAAUAAAAAUCCAUCUACCACUGAUGACAUCAACGUAAUUAAUGGAUUUGGUACUUGUUUAUUUGAUCAAGUUGAUUUAUACGUUGGUUCAGUUAAUACUACUCAAGCUAAUGGUAGAUAUCAUUACAUUGCUCACAUUGAAGAUUUAAUUUUCAAACACAUUGGUAAAGCUGAUGCCGCUGGGACUCUAUGGGAUGAAGAUACAAAUCGAAAAUCUAGAAUUACAAAACCAUUUGAACUUUAUUUCAAAUUACAUUCACCUUUAGCUUCUCAAAAUAAUUUAUUAUUGAAUAACCUACCACUUCAACUCAAAUUUUCAAGAAACAAAAAUACAUUUGUUAAACUAUUUCCUGACGCUGAUAUUGGAAUCCAAGAAGGUUUACAGAAAGCUCCUACUAAUUAUUUCAUUACAAGGAAUUUAGUAAAAACAUUUACUAUUCCAGCUUCAAAUACAACAGCAAUAUUUGAAAAUGUUUUCUCAGGUGUAAUGCCUAGAAGAGUUAUUGUUGGUUUUGUAAGUAAUGAUUCAUUCAAUGGAAAAGAAACUGAAUCACCAUUUAAAUUUCAAAACUUUGAACUCAACUCAAUUGGAUCACAAGUUAAUGGUGUAAACAUCCCUUCUCAACCUUAUGAACCUGAUUUCAAAAAAGAUAUGUAUUUGAGAGAGUUUAUUGAUUUGUAUCGUAACACUAAUCAAUUCCAUGGAUUAUCAAUGUUGAAACUAAAGUACGAUCAAUAUAAAGAUGGAAAUACUCUCUUCGCUUUUGAUUAUACUCAAGAUGGUACCAUUGGUUCAGAAUCUGGAACAUUAAGUUUAUUGAAAAGAGGAACUUUAAAAAUUGAAGCUAGAUUUGGAGAAGCUUUGAAAUCACCGAUACAUAUGAUUGUAUUUGCUCAGUUUGAUAACCUAAUUCAGAUUGAUAAAUAUCGUAAUGUAACAAUCGAUUGGUAA